ACUUUUUCACUUUCUCCUGCUAGAGUACCAACUCAGACAUAUGGAACUAUUGGUCAGACAUCUGCUCAGUGGACAUUCGGUGCCGCCCUUCCUAGAGACAUGGCUCAGAUCCCAGGACCUUAUGCUGCUCCUAUGUAUAACACAGGCAACAUAUCUGGCUAUGAAGGCACAACCACUGCAGGGUGGAAACAUUGCCUGCCUCCACCUAACUUGUUUCCUGGACAUGGAGGUGGGCAACAGCCGCCCCAGAGAACGUGGAACGUUCCUGCCAUUUCAGAAGAUGAAGCCAAAGAAGCUUUUAUCCAGUACGCUUCCAGCAAGUGCUGCUAUAGCACAGAUCCAGCCAAAGAGAUGGUGUUCGAUGACCUACAGUCAUUCAAUACCUACAGAUAUAAACUGGAGACCUUCACUGAAUCAAGAUCCUCUGAAUAUAAGGCGGAACCUUAUGGGGGUGGAGCAGUAGAUUCCUACCUGCGUGGGACACCUCCUUUGCCUUGGGAUGUGAUAGCAGAUGCUCCUGGCAUGUUCCGAGAGAAAACCCAGAGAAUCAGAGUGCCUCAUACAUCAGCAUUAACGGCUUGCCCGACAUGUGGAUCGACUGGUAGACGUCACUGCAGUAAAUGCAAUGGCAACAGCAAGCAACAGUGUGGGAGAUGUCAUGGAAGAGGAGUCCGGUUUGUGGAUGACACAUGUGACCAAUGUUUGGGAAGUGGAAUUGAAAAUUGUCAGGAGUGUUCUGGUAUGGGAAAAACAGUCUGCAACGAUUGUGGAGGAAAAGGACAACUGCUGUCGUUCAUUGAGCUGCAAGUUGAAUGGAAGAACAAUGUUUAUGAAUAUGUGGCAGAUGAAAGAUCUGGAUUUCCUAUCGAACUCUUCAAAACGGUUACUGGAGAUACAUUGUUUGUUGACGACAGCCCUAUGGUAUAUCCAGUCAUUAGUUUCCCUGAUGGUGGUGUCAGUCAAGCCUCCAGAAAUGCGGUUGAACACCACCAAGCUCAGUUUGCACCUACAAGGCGGAUACUGAGGCAGAGGCAAACAAUUGAGCUGAUACUUCUCACCAGGGUACAAUAUUCAUGGCAUGGAAAACCUUACUCCUUCUAUGUUUAUGGCAAGGAACGCAAGGUGCAUGCGGAUGAUUAUCCACAGAAGUGUUGCUGUACCAUCCUGUGAUUAUUAUGGGCUAUUUCAACCGGUGUAAAAGAAGCACUGUUGAUUAAAACUUGUGGAAUAUUUGCAGUCCCUCCUCAUCCCAUUUAAAAUAAAAGAAGUUUAUUGACCCACUUUAUAAGAAUUGUGGAAGAUGCUUAAAUAAAUUGGACAUA